CCGCGCAUGCGCUAUCCAUCCACCCGCACUAGCAGUGAUGCGAUCACCAUGUCAAGCGACGGAUCGCGAACCACUAACAGUUCUAGAUUUAGUCAAUUCGGGCUCUAUAGAACUAUAGAUGCGAGAACUGAGGAGUUCUUACGGCUGUCCAGAAAAAGACAAAUACGUCAAGGAUGCGCGUGCGCCGCUGUAUCUACAGCAAUCACGGUUACAGUUGUAAUAGUAAUUCUGCUCAUCUACGAAUACGGAAUUGCAGUUGAAUCGAAUGUAGUACAAAAGAUAAGGUCAAACCAUACUAAUGAUAUUCCAAUUGCCGAUCGACUCGAUAGAAAUUUGUACGGAUUCGACCAAGAAUACUUCGAGCGAAUGCCACUUCUUGUUAACGCUAUGCAAGAAAACAGUUACAUCGAUCCGUCUGUGGACACUUCUCUUGACAAGAAUAGGGCAAGAUACCUUCUACCUAAUUACACAAGACCUACGAGACAUGAUCACUCAAAGCUUAUGUCAACAACUGUAGACUACAGAGUACCUGCUAUAAGAAGAACCAGUCCUCGACCAUUUUACUUUGAAUACCGAAGUCCUACUCCCACACCUUUUAGUAAAACUUACGGUUCAAGGAGUUGGAUUGAAGGCUACAGAAACGCUCAAAGACUGAGGAAUCUACAGCAAGUAAUCAAGUAUUUAGAGAAAACUAUAAAUGCUAAGUUUGGUGAUUUAUAUUCCCUUCCAAAAUCUACACACAUUGAGUUUUCUGGAGUAUAUGUUGAACCUGCAUCUAAAGAAGAAAAUAAAAACUUAAAAACAACUCCACCUAUUGAUCUUGAUGUAGAAGACUCGAAAAAAGUGGAAAGUAGAAUAAAUCAUCAACCAGAUCCCUUGUACAUUUUCAAACCAGAAACCCCCGGAGAUGUAAAUCUUUUGGCUGACGGAUUUUUUAGAUUUUCACCUAUAGCAGCCCAUAAUAUUCUGAAAGCUAGAGAAUCUGUAAACAUUCCAAUGUUUAGACCAAUAACUCUCCGUAAGAGGAACUACGUUUCCAAAAACAUUAAGAGCGAGGAAAAUAAAGUCGUAAAUUUAUUAGGUUCUGGAGAAAUCAGACAUCCUGAAGCAACACCCUCAACAAAACCCAAGUCAUUCAGUGUACUAUUAAAUUUGUUUCCAUUACAGUCAACAAAUGCAGACUUUAAGAAGUUAGAAGUAACAGAAACUUCACCACCAGCCUUAGAUAAAAUCUACAUUACUACGUCCAGACCAUUAGUACAGUUUAGAAGACGUUCAACGACCCCUAUCAGACGAACUACUACCAGAAUAAAGAGACCAAGAAUCUUAUUAAGCAAAGGGUUGUACAGUACGCAUAUUAGUUCCGAAGAAAAACCUAUAGAACCGAAGAUGAUAGUUCACGUUAAUGUUUAUCCUCCUGCAGAAACGAAAAUUCCAGCAGAAAGUACAACAGAAAAUGACAUAUAUUCAACACCAUUACAACCGCACAGAUUUGGUACAGAAAUUCCCAUAUUAACUUCUACGCAAGUAGAAGAUUUUCAUGUGGGUAGUUCUGGAAUUAUUCCUGUUGAAGCAAGGGUGACACCUGCGCCUCCUCCUCCUAUUUCAACAUUACCAACGGUUACGACGAUGAUACCAUUCUUUGAAACACCAUCUUCUAGUACAGAGAGCUCCAUUACUACUAAUCAGCCUGAAGUAAUUAAAUUCAGUCAAGAGGAUGCUAAAGUUCCAGAACAGUACUUGAGAUUAGCGGAAUGGGCAAGCACAAGUCCAUCGAUGAUCCGAAGGAACUCUCACGACAUUGAAAUAAAAAAGGAAAAUUGUGAUAAAGAGACGAACGAACAAGAUUUUGAAAAUGAAGAAACCGAAACUUUGAUUAUGAAACUCAAAAAAGAUAUCGAAACUACAAUCGACGAAUUAACAACAGUAAAAUCUGGGCAAAUAAAAGAGACAACAACAUUCAGAACUUACGUCCCACAAAUAAACGGUCAUUAUAGGAGCGUUAAUCAAAAUUCAAAAAAUGUAAACAGUUGGCUAAACGAGAAUACACAGAGUAAUAGAAAAAGGAGGCUAGAAAUAUCAGUUACAGGCUUUCGUACGCCGACAUACGUGCCACAGUAUGUUGAAAUCAAAAGGAAUAACACUAAAAAAGUCAGUGACGAAAGUGAUGAUGAAUUAGACAGUGUCGAAGAAAACUAAAACACUUAUGAAGUGAUAAAGAUCGACAAUUUAUGUGCAAUAUUCUUUUUAAAUAUUUUUCUGUUUUACUACUUGUUAUGUCUAUCCCAAUGAUUUGUUACUAAAUACUUGUAAAAAUGCAAAGUGAUAUCACAUGAGAUGUUUGAUACUUUUUGGCACUUCAAGUACAGUGUCCCACCGACUUUAUCUUAUACUUGAGUUCGUGUCGUUUUUGUAUGUAACAUAUUGUAAUACUGUGGUUUUUAUUACAAGUGGGGUGCAGUUUGCUUC